AGUUCUGAGAUUAGCCGAGCCUUAAGCUGUCGUUUUGAUAUUAGGUUUGAGCUUGCUUUCAUCUCCCACGGAACCUGAGUUCUGAGAGCGUGUUUCAUCUUCUUCCUUAGAAUCCUAAAAGCUACCAGUUACAUAUUCAUUUUAUUAAAAUCCCUUAUUAAAUCCAUCACCCACGAUCUACGAUUUUCCCUCAUGCAAGGAGGUGGAACUGCGACGGUAAAAUUUAACAACGAUUGCGGCUGUAUCAACAUCGAUGAAGGAGUUCCCGUGAUCGGAAUGGGGUCUAACUUACCAAGAGAUUGCUAAAAUUCCCUUAGGAGAAGGAUCUAUGAGACAUGGUCAGGUCCUGGAGGUUAAUGGGGAGAAAGCAAUUGGCCAGGUUAAUGAUUCUUAUGUUUUACUUUAACUUUAUGUAUGCUGUGGAGUCACGGGUGCCUUCUAAUGUUAAUCCUAAUCUGGCUGCAGGUAGAGGAGUCCCAAAGGUUAACAUAACAAAAACUGCAUUGUUGAUUGUUAUCAAUCAUUCACUAUGGUACAACAUCUACCAUUACCCUUAAUAAUUAAAGUAGCUGUUUCUGUUGAAGGCGUUGAAACCAAACUAUGGCAGGUACCAGAGACGCUUCCAGAAGAAGCACUCUCUAAGAUGAGCACACCACCAAAGAGUGAAUCACCAAUCAUCACUCCUGACGAACUAACUGAAGCUGAUGGGUUCGUCUUUGGAUUCCCAACACGGUACGGCAUGAUGGCUGCUCAGUUCAAAGUCUUCUUGGACACUACCGGUGGACUCCGGAGAACUCAGUCACUUGCUGGUAAACCAGCUGGAUCUUCUACAGCACUGGCUCUCAAGGUGGUAGCCAAGAAACCACUGCGUAAGUUCCCAUGAAACCAUGAGAGUCAUGUAUGAGCCGUAGUUUGUCAAUAAUAAAGUAGAUGUUUUUUUCUCAAGUCAUGUUCACGCAUACGUGAGGUCAGUAAGUACACAAAACUUUAGCUCAUUAUG